AUGGAUGGUGUUAAGCCAGUAUGCACACCAUUGGGUUCAAACGUGAAGAUUCAGAAAGGGGGCACUGAGAGAUUCAAGGAUCCAACUUUUUAUCGCAGUGUGGUAGGUGCACUGCAGUACUUGCAUUUAACCAGACUAGACAUCUCCGUGGCAGUAAAUAAAGUGUGUCAAUAUAUGCAUGAUCCGUUUGUUGAGCAUUGGGAACUUUUCAAAAGAAUACUUCGAUACCUAAAGGGAACUGCGGAUUAUGGUUUAUAUCUGAAUUCAGCAAAAGGCUUCUCCCUUCAUGCAUACUCUGAUGCAGAUUGGGACGGAAGCUUAGAUGAUCGACGAUCUACUAGUGGCUACUGUAUUUAUUUCGGUGGCAACUUUAUAUCUUGGAGUGCACGCAAACAAAAAACAACAUCCAAGUCUAGUACGGAGGCGGAAUAUCGAGGAGUUGCUAUUGCAACAUCAGACCUCAUAUGGAUUCAGUCUCUGUUAAUGGAGUUAGGUGUUCUUUCUACUACUCCAAUUCUAUGA